AUGUACAGAGAAGACGGAUUUUACUACCUACUGACUGCGGAAGAACAUUGGUCAUGCGGACCUCUUCCACGAUGCAGAGGGGCAGUGAACAAAGGAGGAGGGCCCAUUAUCGAAUCUGCUCAUGGAAAGCAGGUAGAAUGGUACCUCCCAGCUUCAAAAGAUAUUCCUGGCUCUGGCCUUUUUAUCGAUGAACCUGACAUCAUCGACUUCGCACCGAAUUCUACCCUCUCAAGACACUUCGGAUUCUGGCGCUGGCCAGACAAGGCAGCAUACACUUUCUCUCCCCCAGGUCAUCCUGGGAUCCUACAACUCAAGCCAUCGCCUGCAAGCAUUACAGCAGGCUACAAGAACUAUACCGCCGGCUGUGAAGUCGCGAACUAUACCUUGACCAUGCGUUGCCAAAGCGACGCACCCUCCCAGUUCAGUGUCGACAUCUCAUUCUGUUGGAGUUCAGUGAACUGUACACAAAGGGAAGAAGUUGAAGAUUGUACUGCAGUUGUAUUGUAUGAAGCUAAGAACAGUAUAUCACCUCAUCUCCGCUCCCUUGUUUCUGGCCUCGGCAGUGAAGAGAAGAACAACACCGGCAACAUACCUGCGCCAUACUUGACGGCAUUACCCGAUAGCUGGCUGAACAGCCCGAUCCGGCUUAUCAUUCGCGCUGAAAAUGAGACGCACCAUGUACUCUUUGCCGCAUCGAGCGCUGCCCCACGGGAUGCACAGGAGAUGGGCCGUGCUCCAGUCAUCAUCGUGAGUGGUGGCGAUGGGCCUUUUACUGGUAAGUUCCGCUACCCCAACAGAGGCCGGAAGAUCGCUGGUAGGGGUUAUGCCACUAGCAACCACGGCAAUGACACUACGCCUUCGUACGUCUCAAGAUGGUACCAGGGACUCGCUCAGGCGGUCAAUAGUGGUGUGCUUAUACAGUCACAUUCAUCGCAGGUUUAA